AUGAUCAACAGCCUGAAGAACAUCCUGCCUGUCCCGGGAAAAGAGAUGGAACAGCAGAUGUGUCUGGAAGAAGUCAUUCUGCCAGAGACCCAGAGACCCCACCGUCUCCCGCCAUAUGUCGCCGCCGGCGACCGCGACAUACAGCCAGCGUCACUCACGGCUCCGGACACCGAUCCCCGGGCAGCCCCGACGUCAUCGGCCCCUCGCAAUCCAACAGCCCCGCGCGGAGAUCCCGUCUCCGUCGCCCGAGGGACAUCGCCCCUCCCCGACGGCACUCUUCCAGCCGCUCGAACGCCAGCCGCGAUCGGUCUCCACGCCGACGCCCCUCCGAGCGCCGUCAUCAAACAACUCCGGGUGGACAGUCAGCCAGCAUCAGUUCACAACUUCCUUCCACAGCACGUACCUCCACCCGCCAGGCCCACCCUCGCCAUAGCAACACCUCCAGCACACCCACCCACCCGACCAUCCCCGUUAUCUAACUCCAUCAGGCAGCAGAUUCUCACCGAAAUUCAAACGAUUAGCACCAGCCUCGGAACCCCAGCCGACUCCGGUCCCACCGUUUUCAGCCACCAUCUUCAUCUGACCCCUCAACUACGACACCUGAUCUCCGCCUCCCAAGAUGCCAUCAUCACUAGCGUCGCACCACGGACACUGUCUUCGUACCUCACAGGAUGGCACAGCUUUAAAGCUUUUCACGCCUUUGCCGGCUUGCCAUUCCCAUCACUCGACGUCCUCACCCUCACAAACUUCGUCACAUACGCCCACUCCCGCAGCAUCAGGUCAGCGACCAUGAAAGUCUACCUAAGCGGAAUCAAUUUCCUCACCAAACUGUCCACAGGGGCGCCCUGUCCCGCCACAAGCCACUCGCACAUAGCCAUGCUCCUUAAAGGCCUUCGCUCACCGAACCUAUCUCUGCCCCUCACUCAGGACCUCCUCACUCGCUGCAUCCAGACACUCCGUUCAGGCUACCUGUCUCCAUUCACGGACAAAACGCUAGAGUCCAUGUUUCUGCUAGCGUUCUUUGGUUUCUUGCGUUGCUCCGAGUUUACCACUCCGACCUCGGUCCACCACCCGUCGCUACACGCCACCAUUUCCGACGUCUCCAUCCAUCCUCCCGACACCAUCGCAUAUCUCCUCAAACGCAGCAAGACUAACCAGCACGGUCCACCUCAGCGCGUUUACCUCUUCCGCCAAGAAUCGUUCCUGAGUCCGUAUGAGCCCAUCUGCGCCUACCUAAACUCAAGAUCAACGAGCCCAACCCAAGACCCCCUGUUUAUCACCUAGACAGGGAAGGGGGCCACGCAGUCCUGGUUCCUCCACCACUUCCGCCAGGUCCUAGCCAGAUCCGGCAUACCUCCCGCGUCAUACUCGUGCCACUCAUUCCGCAUCGGAGCCGCCUCCGCAGCCGCAAGCAAAGGAAUACCCGACCACGUCAUAAAGAUGCUCGGCCGGUGGUCCUCCUCCGCAUAUCUCUCCUACAUUCGCUCCAACCUGAACGGCAUCAGGAACGCUCACCGGUGCUUGUCUACCUGAAGCUACCUUUUGGGGGAUUCAGCCUUCCGAAGCUUCAAGAGGAGACAACCCCCACCCACGAGUCUCCACUCCCCGUUCCCGCAGCUACCGGGACACCGGCAACCCGCCGUCUCACCCCGCCGACCUUCUCUCUCUCUCUCUCACACCCACCUAACCCCUCUACCUCCCUUACCUCUUACCCCUCGACCGUCAUCCCGUUCCACUCGACCCCAUCCCUACAUCCCUCAUCUCUACAUCCCUUCCCCUCGACCCCUUUUCCUUUUUCCCUCUUUCGCAAUAAACCGAUCAAACUCA